GGGCGGCUGGGAGACCAGAUGCCUGGGUUCCUUGGGAGGCUGCAGGGCUUGCUGGGUUGUCCCAGUCAGAUAAGAGUCCCUCCUGGAGUACUUGGCUAUCUGCUCCAGGCCCCGGACACCAGUGCUCUGGGCUUACCUCUGGCCUCCUACCAUCCCCCUGCAGUCAUGAUGGAUGCCCUGCGGGUGGGCUGCGGGACCUGUAACCGGCUCCUUUCAGACACCGCGGCUGGACUGAGCAUAUCCAGCUCCUGCUGCUACACGGACCUGUGCAAAGCGACCAACAUUCGUGACCCACGUCCCAGUUGGCGUCUCCCGUGUCAAAGCUGUGUGGGAUCUGCCAAAGCCUGUGGCCCCAACACCCCGACUUUGACCUGCGUUGACCCCCAGGCCCAGUGUCUGCAGCUGUCCCGGCGCCUGCUGCCUGGGGAGCAGGGAGACACCAUGUACAAGGCAUACGGGUGGCGAGGGCGCCCCGAAGAGCUGCUGGCCCUUGCUGUGGGGCCUGACCUCACCUAUGUGCACGUGCAGCGCUGCCAUGGGACCAGCUGCAACAACGGCUCCUUUGCUGAGGUGCCCCGGGGGAAGCCCAAUGGGAAGCGCUGUUACACCUGCCGGGAGACAGGAGCAGGAGAGUGCAACCGUCGGCAGCUGCAGAGCAUGAGGUGUACAGGGGCCAUGGACCAGUGUGUGAAAGUCCAGAGCACAGACAAGAACAACCCUAGGACCCUGCUCUGCGGCUGCGGCACCCCCAACCUCUGCCACCCCUGGCAGCCCCUGGCACGCCUCCUGCUGCCCUCGGGCCACAAGAUCUACUGCUGCUCUGAGAGCCUCUGCAACCGUGCAGCCCCCCGUUGGGACCCCCUGCCCACCCUGCUGCUGCCCCUGACAUUGCUGCUGCUGCUGGGGGCAGUCUGGAACUGAACGGGUGGCAGGGAACCCAGGCAUCUGGGCUGGGACCCGCUGGAACCUGUUCAACUCCCAGGUAGACUCAGGUGUCCAAGACACACUCACAGAACACACGUAUCUGAGCUCUAAAUCACGUGAACCCAUUCCUCGUGCAGGGAACCGAAGUGUCCAACACACACACACACACACACACACACACACACACACACACACACACUGCCUCGCCCCUCCCCCUGUCUCCAUGGUCCGAAGACUUAUGGGUGUCCACAAGGAGGCAGUGCCCACUUUGACUUUCAAAUAAUGCCCCCCUGCCCUCCAUCUUGCUCCAGGAGCAACAGAGCCUUUGAAAUACCCCCUGGAAGGAGCAACUCCGAUGUCCUGCCUGGUAAACACGCCGGUGCUGCCCUGCUGGCUUCCUGGGGGUCAGGUCCUUAUACAUAACAACCCAUUUUCUCAUUAGCAGGCUAGACAUCUACCCCCUCCUCCUGCUGUUGAACCCCUGUGACCAUCACGGGGGAGGGAGUGCAGUAGCAGGGGGUGUCCUGCAGGGGAGCGGUGCCCUUGGAGGACCUCCUCCUGCCCAUGGGGGUCCCUUGUUUGCUAGGAGCCCCUGCUGAACAUCCCCUUUGGGACCCCCCUUGCAAGCAGCAGAGGGGAUUAUGGCUGGGAGGAUCUCGGGGAAUCCAGUGAAUCUCUAGGCCCGGAUCCAUGUGAGAGCAACGGGGCACCUGAUUGGCUGGGAUCAGCAUGUGGGUCUCCUAGCUCCAAACCUGGUGCUAGGCCUUGGACGUACCUCUGAGAUGCAGUGCCUUCCUCCUGGUGUCAAGUCCAAGCCCAUCAUGUCUACUACAUGUCCAUUAAUUAAAUUAUUACACAACACCCAUGGAUCAAUCUGGAUUUUGCAGGAAACGAUCAUUCCUAAAAAUUCAAAAGAAAUAUUGUUAAUUCUCAGUAGGCAUCCGGUACAAAGAAAAUUUUGUGGUGUUCUGUAUAAACAUGUCAGGCUGUCAAUCAAUCAAUCUGCACUCCAUCAGUCAAUAAAUCAAGAGCCUGAAGUUUCUUCCAAAAGUUACAAGAUACUUGAUGGAUGGGUUAUUUCUAGUGAACAGAUACUGGCAAUUAAACUACAAUUACUGCCAUU